UCCUCGGUGUCGGGCCAUGUCUCAGACGCUCGCCGUGGGCGCCGUCUCGCUGGGCGCCGGGCUCUGCCUCGGGCUCUACCUCGCGAGGAGGCGGUCCAAGGAGGGCGCGCUCGGUGCGACGCCGGCGACCGCGUGGCCGGCGGGCAAGCCCGUGCUGGCCACGCCGGCGGACUACCCGCGGUACGACUACGCGGGCGAUCCCAAGGGCUCGUUUGAGGCGAUCUGCGACAUGCUGAUCGCCGAGGUCAAGGCAGAGCUGCCGGCGCUGUACGAGCUGCCCGAGCGGGAGAAUGGGUGGAUCGAGCGGAUGCUGCAGUACAACACCAAGGGCGGCAAGAUGACGCGCGGGCUGAUGGUGGUGGAGGCGGGCAAGGUGCUCUUUGAGAGGCGCGGCCAGCCGGUCGACAACACGACGCUGUGCAAGCUGGCGGUGCUCGGCUGGUGCAUCGAGUGGCUGCAGGCGUGGCUGCUGGUGGCGGACGACAUGAUGGACGACAGCGUCACCCGGCGCGGCCAGCCCUGCUGGUACCGGAGGGACGGCGUCGGCUCGAUCGCCAUCAACGACGCGGUGACGAUCGAGGCGCUCGUGUACAAGGUGCUCAAGCGGCACUUUGCGGCGGAGCGGUGCUACGUGCGGCUGGUGGACCUGAUGCUCGAGACGACGCUGCAGACCGAGCUCGGCCAGCUCCUCGACACCAUGUGCGACAACCUCACCCUCGCCGACUUUUCGCUCGACCGCUGGCGCGCGAUUGUGACGUACAAGACCGCCUUCUACUCCUUCUACCUCUCGGUGGCCUUCGCGAUGACGUACGCGGGCAUCGAGGAGCAGGGCGCGUACGACGCGGCGCGCACGAUCCUGAUCAAGAUGGGCGUCUACUUCCAGGCGCAGGACGACUACCUCGACUGCUACGGCACGCCCGAGCAGAUUGGCAAGAUCGGCACCGACAUCGAGAGCAAAAAGUGCGGCUGGCUCUUUUGCAACGCGUACAACGGGCUGACGACGCCGCCGAUCAGCCCGCAGCAGAAGGCGCUGCUCGACGCGCAGUACGGCAAGUGCAAGGUCGGCUCUGCCGCCGAGAAGUCGAUCAAGGCGCUCUACGAGGAGCUCAACCUCGAGAAGCAGUACCGCGCGUACGAGCAGGCCUGCUACGACGAGAUCAUGGCGCUCCGGCCGACGGUGACCGAGGUGCCGUGGGAGGUCUUCGAGGUGUUCCUCAAGAAGAUCUUCAAGCGCUCCAAGUGAGCCGCCGCACGCGCUUCGUGUCUCCCGCGCUCGAGAGAGCACCCAUGCUUUCUCCACGGAGCGCCAAUUAAUGUAUUUGAGUAUUGAGAACGGGAGGUUCAUCCAAGUUGCAUGCAUGCCAAGUACGUAGAGAGAGAGAGAGAGAGAGAGAGUUAAAUUCCUCGUAGCUACUCAAAAAUCUGCGAGGAGAUGUGAGCUUCUUGUUGCUUAUCAAUACAAACUUGGAGCACCUGG